GCUGCUGCUAGCCCCAGCGGCCUGACCGUCCCUCGUACAGGAACCGUUAGCCGAAUUGCAUCCAUCUCCGCCGCCUCCAUGACGCCGGUUACAACUGCGCCGAAGGUAUUGGCGGAACCUGCUGUGCCCCCGUGCUGUGCUGCCGCUUCCAUGCUUUCCUCCCAUUCCGCCUCCUCAUCUGCCACCACCUCGACGGGCCCAACCGGCAGCCACGAGGAAUUGCUCUCCUCCGAUGCAGUUCCACAGGCCGCACUCCACGAGACGAUUGAGUCCUAG